AUGGCGUCAAAUUCUCCAGGUAAGAAAAAAUAUUUUAGCUUGGCUCUUUCUUUGAAAAUAAAAUUAAGGGUUCCAGACUUUCCUUAGACCCUGUUGAUAUAAGAAAAUUCGACGCAUUCACUUGGCUCUUUGAUGUUAAUCCGUAAAAAGUUAUCGCGAUUAAUUAUUGUCAUGUACUUAAGCUGAAAAUCUUGUUUUUGAAAAGAUGGCUCUGGUGAUAACUGAAACAUUGUUGUAUUGUUUAGGUAACUUUGAUAAGCAUGUAAUCGAUUAUGAAGUGGUAACUCUUCGCCAUUGUCUUUUAUUCUAGGAGGUAGACUUUCGAGAGAGAAGCUCAAGCUAGAUUUCCAGGGAGGAUUAGAACGCAAAAAAUUGAACCUUGCAGCGUUGAAAACCAGGCAACCAACACCACUUCAAUCAAAUAUGUAGGUUGAUAGAAACGCCAUAGAUAAAGUGGGUCAAAGUGAUAACUUGAUCUUUAUACUUAAUGUUACCUAUUGUUCUUUACAGUUCUCCAUUUAAGGUUGUUAGAGUGUGUGAUUACGCCACAUUCACACCAUCCGGUACAUUUUCCUAAGAAUACUGAUUAUACAUUGCAUGUAUUUCCUUAUUGAAACAGUGGCAAAUGAGGCCAUGUUAAUGUAAAUUCUGGCAACUGUUAUGGCUUUGAAACAGUGACCUUAGGACAGGUGAAAUGGUAACAAACAACACCAAGGUGGAUCAAAGCUGGGACAGCAACAAAGACAGGCACAAAUACAAAACAAAUAUAUGUGUUGGGAAAAGGCUUACUGAUUCAAUUUUCAAUUAACAAAUUCCUCAUUUUAUGAGUGACGGCCCAAGUAGGGGGCAAAUAGCCUGACUACAUUUGCUCAUAAGCCUUUCAAACUAAUCACGCAGCCAGGUCAACCACAUGCUGGUAGACCAGAUAGACCACCAAACUGGGGAUUACAUUCCCAACUCUUUACAAUAAUGGUGGGUUGGUUGUUUAACAUUGCACAGAUUUUAAAAGUGUAUUUUGAAGCAAGGUACAUUUGCAAAGUGGCUAAUAAUGAAUAGAGAAGAAGUUGGUGAUAAUCUACUCCUUUUGCUAUUUUUCAGGGAAAGAUUAAGAACCCAUAAAGCAGUAGGAAAACUGUCUUUUGGUCCUGACAAGGUAAAAGAUUAUAUUAAUAUUAGUGUAUUUUGUUUUCAUAGUUUUUGUACAUGUACUAAUGACUUACGCAAAACUAUAUGUGCAUGUAUGUAACAUUGAUACUGGAUAAAACAUCCUUCAAAAAUUAAUGGUGGUUGUUUUACAUGAGUUUUAAUGCUGUAUUACAAUCGUGGUUAUUGUGAUAAUUAUUUUAUCUUUCAAGUUCAAGCUAAGUUUAGUUUCUUUUCUUUUGUUUUUGUGUAUACUUGCAGUGUCUGUGUUGUGGCUUACAGUAAUUAUUUCCUUGUUUUAUAUUGUAUUAAUUUUUUUUUAUUUUGGCUAUAUCUUUUAAUUAACAAUAAUGAGGUUUAUACAAAGGAAGAUAAAAUUUAGACCAAGGACAAAAUUGAACCAUAACAUAUGCUUGAUAAGCACAAAGAAAAGGAAAAUAAAAUUUGAACCAAGACGAAGUUAAUAAGAAUCACAAUGGUUGUAUGAUCAAGGAACAAACUCAUUACCUUAAUACUCAUGAUUUGUGAUUCUUGACUUUCAACUAAACCCUUGUGAAUGAACUGGGACAAAAUGUUGCACUGUGAAUGAGACUGGAUGAAAGGACUGAGAUGGCCUAGGGUUAUUAGAUUCAGUGUAUGGUGUAGUAAAAUGCCAACUGUAACUAUAUGACUGUAGCACAGACUGGACAUCAUUGUUCUUUACUUACAUGUACUGUUACCCUGGGUACCAGAGGUUUUUCUCGCGUGGGGCGGGAAGUUUCGGUGUUGGCCGAAGGCCGACACGUUUUCGGCCGUAGGCCGAAGCCACGAGCGGCGAAGCCGCGAGAAAAACCUCUGGCACGGAGCGGUGCUUUUUACCGUCCCCGUUGACCUUUGAGCUUUUUUAUCGCAUUACAUUUACGCCAAUCAGAUUGAAAGUCUCCGACUGUGAUCAUGUGGGCCGGCACGUGAAGAAAUGUCCGAAGACCCACAUUAUCCUUAGAAAGACAAGUUCGUGUUUAAAAUUCAUUGCUUUUAGAGCAAUCAUGACUGGGUCAAAUCGAAGUUCUCCAUAAUUGAUGUAGCUUCAGUUUAAGCUGCAAUCCAUUCUUCGAGAUUUGGAUCUGAAAAUCACUGUCCGUGAGAAUUUAACAUCCUGCUAAAAACGCUAACGAGCUGGGCCCAGCGUGACAAAACAUUGCAGGAAACCGUCACUUUCACCGACAAAAAGAAAAUCGCUUAUAAUUAUUCAGAUCCAGGAGGCUCUUUGGAGAAAUUAAACAACCUAAAACCCUCAUUUGGACGCAUUGAAGAGCUUAACAUUUCAAAACAGGUCAAAGAAAAUGCUCUUGCAACAGCAAAUCAUAUGCCGACCAGACACAAUAACCGCAGAAAAUCAAUAUGCGUGUCACGACCUCUAAGUAUGAAACAAUCGGGAAAAAUCAAAUUUGCUCAGUUGAAACGUUUUUCUCCAGAGUAUAAUCUACCCAUCCCGGAAAAAAUUCAUUGGAACAAGCAGCAUUUUAGCAUGAGGUAAAAGUCGUGUGUUGCCUUCUGACCCCUCUUUUAUUACUAAGAAUAAUACAAACUAUUUCAAAACAUGCGUUGUAAUCGUUUGAAAUAGGAAAUUAGUAAAGCUUAAACCGUAUUGCUGCAAAAGCUGAAUUGGUGAUAAUAGCUUAAUUGCGUUGAAUAAACUUGAAUACUCCACUUGUUUGCUCAUAGCUUUUAGCUUGUCUACACCGUCAAACCCUUCUAGUAAAUUUCUUAUCAUGCUCUUUCAAAACUUUCCAAAGCUGCCAUCACAACACUUCUCGCGAGUACAACAACAGCAAAGUUGGAAAUAUUCUUUCACGCGCUGGUCUAUUCUUGUCAACCAAUUGUAGCGUCUGUUAGAUUCAAAGUCCCUCAGGUGGUCGUUAGUAGCCAAUCAGCCGUCUUGUCCAAAAUCUGGACCAACUGAUUUAACCGUGCUAACGAUUGGAUCGGCGCCAUCAAAGCAAUAGCGCUCUGCUCCAGAGGCUUUUCGCGCGGGUCACUAUAAAGACUUGACAGAAACCGGAAACCGCGCUAGAAAAGUCUCUGGCACCCAGGGUAAUGUACUGUGAAAAACUUAAGGAACUGUGUGGACAUACAGUAGCCUGAGUUCAUUAACUGGGAUUGCUACUCCCAUGUUUUUUUUCAUUAUAAAUAGAAUUAUGAGUAUUCUUCUGAGGACCUGGCAGACUAUGGGGAGAUUGGAAGAGGAGCUUAUGGCACGGUGAAUAAGAUGUUACACAAAGAAAGCGAUACUUACAUGGCAGUGAAGGUAAUAAUAAUAGCAAGGCUGCUGCCUAAGAAAAAUUUUAGGGAGCCCUUCGGGCUCCUAAAGUUUAAAGUUAGGAGCCCGAGCCACAUUGUUAGGAGCCCAGUUUGAAAUCCAUGUAUUGUUUUUCCAAGAUCAUUACAUAGGUUAUAGAGGUUCUUGCACACUUUAAUAAGAAUUCGCCGGGCCUAAUAAAUAACACGUAAACAAGAAUUAACCGAAUUAUUUACUUUCAUUUAUUAAUUUAUUCAAUUAACUUCCACAUCUGUUGUGUUCAAUGUGACCUAGAAGAGCCUUCAAAGAAUUUUCUAAAAUGUAACAAUUAAACUGCUUCUUACCUUUCUUAUACACAUUCAUGAGCCGGAAAAAUAUUUGAGGGGCUUAAUUUGCGUGUAAAAGGAAUUUUCACAAUUUUCACAAUAAAAGAAUAACAUAACAGUAGGUAAUUUCAACUCAGAAUUAUUUACUUGACUUUCACAUUUGUUCAGUAACAGUUGUGUUCCACAUGACAACUUAAGAUGAGAAAAAUGCAAGGGGUGACAGGCCGCACAUCCAUACCGGCGUGAAACUGGGCUUAAGACAAAUUGCUGAAACCUUUGUCGAUUUUAGCGAGAAAAGAAGAACCUUUGCCGAUUUUAGCGGGAAAAGCAGAACCUUUGCCGAUUUUAGCGGGAAAGGGCGCUAAGCACGUGCAGCAAGGCAGAAAUACAACCAACACAAAGUUGAUCAUUACUUUAAUUUCUUUAUUCAAGGUAAAGACAUCACAUUACAAAUAUGAAAUAUCAUACUGCGUUCUCUGGCGUGUUGUUUUUUAAAGUCUCUUGAAAAUGCUGAUACGUUGCAAACUGGUACAUGAAAUCGAACAUCAAGCACGUCCAGUCGAUAGCACGCAAGAUAGCUUCCCAUUCUCGCCACAAAAAAGUUAUCAAAUCGACGAAAACCCAAGCAAACGAUGAACUGCACGAAUGUCAACAUAGGCAACAAACAGCCCAUAAUUUUGCUAUUCCAUAUUUGGAAGUCAAAUCUCAGACCCAGUCUUCAACUGCCAUCCGGACUCGGAAACGAUGGCUUCGUUCGUUUCGACAAAGCUUCACAGUUGAACACGUUAGGUUUACAUAAUUUACGGUUUAUUUGUGGAAAUUUUAUACUGCCUAAUCGCAUCAUCGCUAACCAUAUCAACAGUUCCACUGUUUAAAGUCCUACUCCAGCUAAAGGAAUAUAAUGUACAAGGAGGUUAAGUCUAAUGCCGUGUGUUAAGUCAGGCGCCCGCGCGGGCUCCUUGUACCGAAAUUUGGUCGCCCAUGCUCUUACCUUGGGCGCCUCUGGCGACCGGGCGCCCGUUAGGCAGCAGCCUUGAAUAGUGAUAAUGUAAUAAUAAUAGUUAAUAGAGUAUGAUCGUCCGGGUGAACGUAGUCCUGAAUAGGGCUGUUGUUGACAGUGACUGACAUUUUGACUACCUAUGUGGUAUUCAUCUUUAGAAUCAAAGUGAGGUGUAUCACAUCAGUUGAUGGUGUUAAACUCUGGUUAUUGAUCUGGUUGGUCAAUUAAGUUGCAAUGUUAUUGGUCAUCUGUCAGUUAAGCCGUAGUCGAUCCAUGUACAUUGUAUUGUCACAGUUAAACAGUCGUUUAUUGUUAGUAAAAUUUUAUUGUUGGUUGUCCAGUCAUUCUGUCAUAGUUACUUUUGGUUGAGUCUGUCAUUAAGUCAUUUGUAUGGUGAUAGUAACAGUUGACAGUAACAAAGAAAGCUCAAUAUUAUUGUUUGUUGAAUACAGCCAAGAUCUGAAGAAGGAUCCUGGAGACCUAAUGAUGUAGGCAUAUAGCUUAAUGAUUUGUGGAGACAAGACCACCUAUACAUACUAUUGGUGUGAGACAUGAACACAAUAAAUAUAUUAUUAUGAUACACACAGUAUCUCCUACUUGGAUCAGCCUAGUAACUGGUGGUUUGGUCAUCACUACAUGUAUGUUGACAUUGCACAAAGUGUGGUAAUCUUGAAGCAACUUGAGUGAGAGUUUAAGCAGAUGCUAAGUUCUUCACGUGACUGUUACAUCUCUCCACCAAGAAAUUUUAUUUACCCUUAGUGUGUAAGGAUCUUAAAAUAUAAAACAGAUCAACUGGGGCAAAAGGACAAAGUACAUGUAUGUUAGUGACUGGACAGUACCUUUACCACUCUUUUAAAGAAAUAGUCAAUACACUGUUCCUGUUAAUACUCUAGCAUGGUUGAUGUUAUAUUAUUUUUUCUUGAUUUCAGAGAAUUCGUUCAACAGUUGAUGAGAAGGAACAGAAACAGUUGUUGAUGGAUCUGGAUGUUGUCAUGCGCAGCAGUGACUGCAAGUAUAUCGUCAAGUUUUAUGGAGCCUUAUUCACUGAGGUGAUGACACCAAAAAAUAUUGUCUUAAUUUGUUUUUAAACCAGGCUUUUAUUGUUUCUGAAGGGGAAGGGUUGCAGCACAGAAGUUAGCCACUCACUGAAAUAAGGGGAAAUUGAUUAUCUUAGUUGAUCUUGCUUUUCCACCUUUUUGUAGGGCGAUGCCUGGAUUUGCAUGGAACUAAUGGACACAUCUUUGGACCAGUGCUACCGUCAUCUCUAUGGUGUCAUUCAACAAUCUAUACCUGAGGAUAUUUUAGGAAUGACUUCUUUAGCAGUAAGUUACACCUCUCACUAUUGUAACCUUGCAGCAUUGACAGGGACACACUACUGUACUGAGAUGUGUGUGUGAUUUAUAUUCCCACACACCAAAAUCCUAGGCAAAGAAAGUGUCCAGCUAUUUAGAAUGAGAGAUGCCAUACAUUAUUAAUACUUUUCUGACAGCCAGAUUUUCUACUAAAAAUGAAGAACUUUAUUGCAUCAAAGAUGCAUGACUAAGAGAGAGAAUGGGAGAAAAAAUUGAGGUUGUUAUUUUAUUUCUCUAACAGGGAGGAUCAUUCUACCAUUGCCUCUCAACAAAGUUUUUGUCAUCUGUUUUAUGUGUUUAUUGAAUUAGUAUUAAAGCUGAAUCAUUGGAUAUUCAAUUCUAGAGCUCUGAUUGGCUUAGCCAUCAUGGUAUAUGAGCCAUUAUACCAUGCUCUCCAAAAUCAAUUUGUUCAAAAAUCUUGAAGGGGAGAUAAUUAUACAGUUUAAGCUUUUAUUUUUACCCCUUUAACCUGAAUUGUACAUCACUAUGGCAGUGGUGGUGCAAUCUUUUCUGUGAAAGAGUUCUCCCACACGUAUUUAGAAUCACAUGUUAUAUUCAGUAAAUUAUAGCACUGGAAAUUUUUUUUGAUUCUCAGGUUGUUAAAGCUCUGGACUAUCUUAAAACCAAAUUGAAUAUUAUUCAUAGAGGUAAGCUAAAGACCUUGGAUUUCCACUGUAGUCGUCAGGACAUCCUGGUAAAUACUGUGUACUAGCUGUAAGAGUGAUAAUAGCUUACUUGUGUUCUCUCUUGUGUUUCAUUAUCUUUCAUGUUGUCCUUCAGCAGCAUGAUAAAAAAUAUAAUUAUAUGAUUUUAAUGAGGCUUUAAACUGCUAUUAAAAAAUAAAAUUUAGAUCAAAGCUUUCGCUUAUUAACGGCAUCAUCUUUGUUUGUUCCUUUAGAUGUAAAGCCUUCAAACAUUCUCUUAGACCUUCAAGGACACAUUAAGUUAUGUGACUUUGGCAUCAGUGGCCAACUGGUAGACUCCAUUGCAAAAACUAGAGAUGCUGGAUGCAAACCCUACAUGGCGGUAUGUAUAUGAAAUUAACUCAGUAUGUUGCUCCCACAGUCAAGACUUUGAUGUUUCACUUUCUCUCCUCCCCUCUUUUUUUGCUUUUCUUGCACUUUUUGUUUCUUUUGCUAGGAAUUUACUAGGCUUCAUUUGAGUGGGAAAAGUUCGGGGGAAAGCUUUUUGUAGUGUAGGAUUACAUGGAAGGAUGUGUACAUGUACUUUACAUGUAUUUAAUAAUAAUUAGGAGUCAGAAAGAAUGAAGGUAGUGUUCUGAACUGAAAAGUAUUAUAUUUUUAAUAUUCUUUUGGUAGCCGGAGAGAAUAGAUCCCAUGUCAUCAAGACAAGGAAGUUAUGAUAUCAGGUCAGAUGUAUGGAGUUUUGGUAUAACACUGGUGAGUCAAAAGGAAAAUCAAUACAAGUUACAUCUAAAACUUAUUUUCUUAGUCCCAUAGAUUGCUCACAUCUUUAGUAAUAGCAAUUAAGCAAGUGAAUUUUCAAGCUAAGGUAUAGGAAACCACACAUUAUUAACAGGAAUUGCUUUUGUUGACUUUUUGCCCCAUAUCAAUUCAGUGCAUAUGGAUUCUGUUUCUCAUCUAACUAACAGUGAUUUGAUUAUUUUGCAGAUUGAAGUUGCCACAGGAAAAUUUCCCUAUCCCAAGUGGAAGAGUGUUUUUGAUCAGCUCACCCAAGUUGUGAAAGGAGACCCACCUCGCCUGACAAAUGAGGAUGGAAGAAAUUUCUCUGAUGAAAUGCUUUCAUUUACCAACAUGUGGUAAUUGUUUUAGGAAAAUUCCCUGCAUGACAAUUAAAGCUCCUUUGUUCUUAAUGUCUUUAGUGAGGUGAACUUAAGUUAUAUGUAUUUGUCUUAGUUCACAAGACUAGUCUUAAAAGCAUGGUCUUUAGCUUAAAGGCAUAAGUUUAUGCAAAGUCUACAUUUGCCAUUGAUGAGUUAUCAGCUUUCAAGGGUUGACUCGACUGGGCUUAGGUUCAAUUACUGCUUUUAAGAGGGAGGCUCUCAAAUAGCAUUCAACUACUUUACUUUAAACAACAAUUCCAGCUAUCUUACAGUAUCAAGGCGUAUUCCUGGACCGUUGCAUGAAAAGCUCCUCGUUUUUGCUUCCUUAAUUUCUCCUUCAAAUUCACGAACCAUUGUUUUAUCACAGUAUCUUGUAACGACUACAACAUUUGCCAAAAAUACUCCCAUUUGCAUCGUGUUUUGUAGCUCUCUCAACGUUUAAUAUUUGAUGAAACACUCUAUCACGUGUUUGAUGUAUCACUUCACAUGGUGUGGUUAUCAUAUAGAACACUCCUUUUUGAGUUUUAAGUCUAAUGACAAAAUUCUUCUUCUGUCAUUCCCUAAGGGACUGUUUAUAUGGAGGGAGGAAGAUCCUAGAAGGCGGAGAAGGAGUUUACGUACAGACAUUUUUGUCCAUGUUGUUACCAAGUAGAGAAAGAAUUAAAGAUGGCGGACAUCAAAAACAAAAAUAGGAAGAUUCUAGCACUAGGGACAUGUGCAACCCUUUGCAUGUAAACUGAGUACAAAAAUGUAUGGCGCUAGGAUGAUCUGCCUUCUUAGUGUGAAAUCUCAUCGGUCUCUUUGCCUCACUCUCUCUUGCCUUGGCACCUGUUUGGGGUGGGAGGGGGGCUGGGGCAAAGAAAUGGAUGAGAUUUCAGACUACCACCUUCUAGGAUCUUCCCCGUUCGAAGUAAAAAGCCCCUUACUCUGAUUACCUUGCAUUAAUUUCAGAAUUCUUUUCAUUUUUUUUUUACUAGUUUGACAAAAGAUGUGACAAGAAGACCAAAGUACCGUGAGUUACUCAAGCAUCCUUUUAUCCUGAGGUAUGAGGAAAAACAAGUCGAUGUUGGAUCCUGGCUCAGCGGAGUUCUGGCGCAGGCGCCAUUGCCAACGUUUGAUAAAUUAGAGAUAUGAUGUCUUUACCGAACUAUUUUUGCACAGAUUUAAUGAUGUAAAUACAUAAAUGCCUUAUUUGAGCACAUUGUAAAAGUCACUUAGCAGCUAAAAGUGGUGGUAAAUAAUUUUGAUAUAUUUUUUUGGCUUCAGGAGGCAGGUACAUUGUGUAUUGAUUCGUUUUCACCAUGUGAUGCCAGAUCAAUGUAGGUUUCUGGCAAACUGACCACCUUCCCCUCCCCUGAGCCAACAUUUUGCCCUAAGUUAGAGGUUAAGUGUUAAUGUUGGCUUAGGAGAGGGGUAGGUGGGCAGUUUCUAAGAAACCUAAAUUGACCCGCAUGCGCACAGGAGGCCAUCUUGGCUUUACGGGCAAUUAUAAUACCAUACUGACUCAAUGUGAUGUAUGGAAUUUACUUCGCACUACUUACCUGUAUAUUUGCAGUGUUGGAAGUGUAUUGUUGCCAAAACUGCUCCAUAAGUUGCUUGCUGAAAUGUUCAUUUGGUUUUUCUUUAAUGUCACGAUUUUUAAACUAGCUAGCCAAGUUGUUCCGCUUACACUAUUUGAAAUGUAUCUCAGUGUGAACUUGAGAAAAUAGCGGAAGUGAAAGAAUAUAGCCCACUAGCAAGCUCUUCGGGGCUAGAAAGAACCUUGUUUGCUAAUGAACAGAAACUCUAGUCCUAUACUAAGGAAUUUCUGUGAUGUAAGUAUGCCAGUGGUUCUGUAGACCAUAAGUUGUUUUUUAUAUAUUUUGCCGCUUGUCAAUUUAUUGUAGCGUUAAAAAAUAUUCCUUUAGUACUUUAUCUAGAAUUUUCCCUUUUACAGUUUCUUUGGUGAUUUACUAAUAUAAAAUAUGAACCUUAUUUGAUCCACCUUUUAUUAUUCUCAAGGAAUCUUUAGUCAGUCUUGCCCUUUAAGUUUUAUACAGAUAAAAUAAUGUGACAUGUCCUAAAGAGUAUAUUUUUGAUCUUUCGUGAAGAAUAUUCUGUACCGAGUGUGGGAAAUUACUGCAUUUGUAUGUACAGUGUAAUCCUAUUUGUACUCUGUAAUAUUAGAAAUCGUAGUGUUUAACUAAAGAAGUUCGAAUAUAGCAAUUAAGUAGCAAACAGGCGUAAAAUUACUAUUGAUAGUAAUCUAUUUGGACAAACUGAGGACGGUAAAUUUUCUCCGCCGAAUAUUGCGCAAAAAUUGUGGCGAUCACCCUACGAAGACAUGUUUUAAUUAAAAUUGUUAUUUAUUUCUAAGGGAUAUGUAGAAAAGCUUGAAAUGUGUGAGAGCAGACUAAGUCAAGUUAGUGACGCUUUUAGUUAAGCAAGAGACCGAGAGCGGAGAUGAUUCUCAAGAGUUUUGUGUAAACUGUGUUAGCUAUGGUGAUG